AUGCACACAGCCACCUACCGUUAUGCACUCACCGAUUUUCAAUCUCCUGCCCGUGCCACACAAUCGUCCAAUCCCGGUACCGGCUGUUCGAACUACAUAAGCAACGAGCAAGCUGAACUGGAACAGGCCCAACGGGAAUUGGACUAUGAGGCAGCGCAUUUGGAGCAGAGGCUUCGUUUGCAAAUGGCGCGAGGCUCGGGAACAGCAGCGGAAGAUGAACUACUGAAACGAUGGUUUAUUUUGGUCAGUCGGAAGAACACGCUCAUUCGUCGCGGUAUCCAGCUCUCAAUCAUGGAGAAGGAAGACGAUUUGAAAAAGAAAACACAAAUGCUACAAGACGAGCUUCGAAAACUACUCUCGAUCGAAGCAGAUCAACUACAAUUUGCACUUCUUUGUUGUUCCUCGUCGAACGUUUUUGUUCCCCGAUUCCUGUACGCAAAUCGUUCAGACUCGGGGUUGACAACCAGUUAA